AUGACUGACAGGUUUUCAAAUCUUUAACCGCCGGCCACCUCCGAGGUCCCGCCCUUCUCUUACUUCUGGCUUCCCUCCCCCUCCCCGCUCUCGCGCGUACUCGACCCUCCCCCCCGCCCCUCAGCCUGCCCCGGAAACGGAGGUGGCCGGGUCGGUCCGCUCCCUUCCCGCCCCGGCAGGCGGCCCGGCUAGAGCAGCGGCGGGCCCCGCGGGAGCCGGCCCCAGCAUGUGGACCGCGGCGCGGCGGCAAUGAAAGCCGGCACCAUGAGGAUCCGCAGCAAAGGCCAUCACCCGGCAGGUGGUAUCCAAAUAAAAAAUGAGAAAAAUAGACCAUCUUUGAAAACUGUGAAAAAUGAUAACAAAUCAGAAAACUCUAAAUAUAAGCCACUCUGGGGAAAAGUCUUUUAUCUUGAUUUACCAUCUGUUGUGAUCUCUGAAAGACUGGAAAAGGACCUCAAGGAACUAGGAGGGAGAGUUGAAGAAUUUCUGAGCAAAGAUAUAAGUUACCUAAUUUCAAAUAAAAAGGAAGCAAAAUAUGCUCAGACAUUGGGGUGUAUUUCUCCUGUCCCAAGUCCGGAAUCAACAUGUACAGGAGGAAAUACUUCACCUCAUCCCAGCUGUGAUGGAAGUUCAUUCAAAACUCCAGAUCCAGUAUGUAUGAGCAGAGGAAAAUUAUUAGUUGAAAAAGCCAUCAAGGAACAUGAAUUCAUUCCUUCAAAUAGUAUCCUGUCAAAUGCUUUAUCCUGGGGAGUGAAAAUUCUUCAUAUUGAUGAUAUUAAAUACUAUAUUGAACAAAAGAAAAAAGAACUGUAUCUGAUCAAGAAAUCAAGUACAUCACUAAGAGAGGUGGGAAAACGAUUAGGUAUUCAGAAAACAAAAACAGGAAGGCUCAAAAAGCCAUUUGUAAAGGUGGAAGAUUCAAGCCACCAUUACAGACCAUUUUACCUGCAGCUGUCCAAUAUACCUCUUAUAAAUUAUUCCAUUCCCAAGCCCUGCAGUCCUUUUGAUUUGGAUAAAACAUCUAGUCUGCAGAAACAAACACAAGCUAAACAAAGGAACAGAAUGGGCUGUGAAGCUGAUGAAGGGCGCUGCCCUCCCGCACGGCCCCGCCUCAGAGAGAACAAGAAGAAGGGCUACUGUGAGUGCUGCUCCCAGAGAUAUGAGGCGCUUCAGACUCAUCUUCUAAGCGAACAACACAGAAACUUUGCACAAAGUACUCAGUAUCAAGUUGUUGAUGACAUCAUAUCCAAGCUGGUCUAUGACUUCGUAGAAUACAAAAGCAAUAUAUCCAGAAGAGUAAAAUGCAGUAUUGGAUCUUUUGCCCCCAUCAUUGGAAAUACUUUUAAAAGGAAUGAACCUGAAAAACAGCUGGAAUUGCACCAUGUUUCCCCAAAUGACUCUUGGGGACAUACUACCAAACAGGUGAUAAAACAGGAUUUCCAGUAUCAAGAGUGCAGGGAUCCUUCACAGAAGGUGGCCUUCAGCUCGGAGCCCAUAGAUUCGUUUGCUUCAUGCAGUCCGUGUCCUUACAACUCAGCGAGCAAACUCGGAGAGCAUUUGGAGUGUAGGAAAUCUUAUCUAAUAAAUCCAGCGAAGAAAGACAGUGAGCUGGAUUUGGAACGACUACCUCUGAAUAAAGAUACGCAGGGAUGCGCUCCUGAAGUUUGUGACCGUAAAGGAACUAUAAACGAACAAGACUUAGAAGAGCUAAAAACAGAAUUUUGCCCGUAUGUCCUAGAGACAUUUAUGCACGUUUCUGAUUUUGACCAAACAGACAAAAACGUGUCUCAACUAAAACGAAAGUCAGACGGUGUGAUUUUUCCAGAUACGCGUCAGAAGAAAAAAGGCACUGUUUCCCCACACAGUAACGGUUCUAGUCUUACAGUCAUUAGCCAUUCACCGGAGCAACCUGCUGGUCAAGCCGAGACAAUAUCCCAUAGUCCUCCUGAUGAAGAACUCAGAGAAGCAGCAGUGGAAAGUACAGACAGUUUACCUUCGGGGAAGCUGCACCGAAAAGUAAAAAUAGUCUUAGGGAGAAACAAAAAGAGAAGUCAGCAGAAGAAUGUCCAAUUACCCUUAAAGAACAAAGCAGAACUUCCUGCUACAAAAGAAGAAAACAGUAUUUGUAGUUCACCAGUACAGCCUUUAGUGGAAUUAUUUCAAACCAGUGAAGACAGUUCUGAGUUUCUGGGUUUUACAGGCUAUUCUGAAAACCACAGUUCACGUGACGUGUUAGAGGUUUGGGAGGAAGAAAGUGGGAAUAGCUUGUUGUCCAUGUUUCUCUCUUCCCCAUCUUCGACCUCUACGUUUACUGGGUUUUAGAGGAGUUUUUUGUUUUUGCUUUAAAUUUGCAUUUUUCACAAGUGGUGAGGAUUGUAUACCUGAAAAUAUUUUUAUAUAUAUGUAAAAAUUCUUGCUUUAUUAUUUGUGUCAUCUGUACAUUUUAAUAACCAAAUGUAAAUAUUAAGAAUAAAGAUGAUUACUAGUAUUUUCUUAAGAAUUAAGUACUUUUAUAUAAGUAAAUGCAACUGAAGUUAAGGUGUUUGCUACCUCGUAUAUUUUGUACAUAAUUUCUAAAUAAAUCCGUUUCUGAAUGAGCAGUUAAAAAUAACUUGCACUGCAAGAAAAAUGACUCGCACUGGAGAAGGAAAUUUUGAGUUUAACUAUAGAAUUAGUCUAAAAACUUAGUGUCUCAAAUUUGGGUGUUACAAUUAAAUUUAUUUCAAAUAUUAGAUCUGGGACACUAUGCAUACCACUGAAUACGACUCACGGUAAAAGAGCAUGUUUACAAAUUACAGUGUGCAGAUGUGAGUGCUGCCUUAGGAGGAGCUGUGUUUGGUACCUGUUAAGCAAUGUCCUAAGGGAUGUCACGUCCAUUUGUCCUUUGAUUUUCUUGAAGAACUGAAUAUAUGCCAGUACAAUAAAAAUGGUUCUUGUGCAA